AUGAGCCGCGUGGGUGCUGCCGUGGCCCUUGGUGGCCUGACUUUGGCCCCAGCCUUCCUGGCGCCCGGAUCUUCCACUCCUUCAACUCCUGUCCAGAAGAACCUGCGCACGGCGGAGCCUUCGUCCUCCCGGGCUGGGCCAUCUUUCUCUACUAGUGCAGCCAGUGUGCUGGGUGCGGCAGCAGUGGCAUCCUUGGUUGCGUCCAAGAAGCCCGUUCGCUCAGGCGCUGUUGCAUGCCAGGCCUUCGAUGCCAGCUCGCAAGUCGGCGUCACGCCUCCCUUCGGUUUCUUCGACCCAGCAGGCUUCACAAAGGGUGCGGAUGAGACGGAGUUCAAUCGGCUGCGUGCAUGCGAGAUCAAGCACGGCCGUGCGGCCAUGAUGGGAGCUCUAGGACUCUUGGUGCAGAGCGUUUACAAGCUGCCGGGCUACGAAAGCGUUCCUUCUGGUUUGGCGGCGCAGUGGACCGAGCCAGGGGCCAACAGCUUGUGGAUCGUCUUCGUGGCGAUUGGCAUGCUUGAGCUUGGCAUGGGCCCGUGGAAGGAGGACCCCAGCAGCCCAGGUGACUACGGAGAUCCGCUGAACCUGGCCAAGGGCAACGUCACUGAUGACAUCCGCAAUCGGGAGCUGAACAACGGGCGUUUCGCGAUGUUUGCCUGGCUGGGCAUUGUCAGCGCUGAGCUGUACACUGGAUCCUCAGCGGUCUCUCAGUUCGCCGUGGCACCAAAAGCUGUGGCUCGCACAUCCCAUGGCUUCUGCGGUGCUUCCAUGGCCACGAGCAACAGCCGCACCCUGAGCAGCCGUCGGGCCUUCGAUGGAGCUAGCCAGCCAGGUGCCUCCGCACCCUUGGGCUUCUUCGACCCUUUGGGGCUCAGUGGCACCCAGGAGCGCUUUGACAAGUUCCGUGCGGCAGAGGUAAAGCAUGGAAGAGUGGCUAUGCUCGCAAUCAUGGGGUCCUUUGCCGCACACUGGGCCACACCUCUCGGCGCGGGAGCUGGGGCUGCCGGCUUCUCUGAUCCGAUUGGUGCCAAGGGCUGCGUGGCAUUGACCUUCUUCUGCGGCUUCUUGGAGCUCGGCCCGUGGGCGGAUGGAUAUGCCAAGAGCCCUGGUGAUUUCGGUGACCCCGCAGACUUUGGUGAAAAGUUUGGCAGCUCAGACGACAUGAAGACCAAGGAGCUGAACAACGGCCGCCUUGCCAUGAUGGCAACCAUCGGAAUGUGCACCCAGGAGGCCGUUUUCGGCGAGAAGUUCACCGAUCUGCCGGCACAGCUCGGACUUUAA